AUGGCUCAAAUUCACAGGAUACAGGUUCAAGAUGAGGCAAAAAACUGCUCGGCAGACCAAUUUUAUGGUUUUCUUAAGAAUGAAAGGACCAAGUACCCAAAGCUUCUUCCUCUUGUAUUCAAGGUGUCCAAAUUCUUGCAGGAGAUGGAAAAAGUGUGGGCACUGUUUGGCUUUGGAAACUUAUUAUGGGGGAGAGGUCGGACUCCAUAUGGAGGAUUUGCUGGAAAAGUGAAUCACGUCGGAAACGUAAUUCCAGAAAUUUGGGUAACCAAAUGGACUUCUGUAACGUUGACGGAGAAGACUGAAGCCGUGGAUGACGAAAGUAUGACUAUUAGUUUCAAAAUGACUGAUGGUGAUCUUUUGCGUGUGUAUACUAAGUUUGAGUAUAACGUGAGUGUAACUCCAUUAGUUACACCAGGAGGUGAUAAACAAAGCUGUUUAGUAAAAUGGUGUUUGGAAUAUGAGAAAGAAAAUGAAGAUGGCCCUGAUCCAACCGAGUAUGUGGAAUUGGCAAGCUGUAUUACUAAAGCCGUGGCUAGCCACUGUGACAAAAAGGCUUAG